UCAGACCAAAUUAAAUUAAAAUUGGAAGUUUCCCACAGCCUAAAACAGCAGAAAAAGAAGAACGCUUUGAAUCAUCGAUCACUCUCCGAUGGCUGGAACAUCAUGGUUGGUGGACAAAAGUAGAAUUGCAACCAAAAUAAAAAGUGCAUCAGGAGCAUGUGAUCCGGAAAGGGUUAUAUGGAAAAGCAAUCCUACCAAGGCUUGCCCAAACUGUCAGCACACUAUUGACAACAGUGAUGUAGCACAAGAGUGGCCUGGCUUACCAAAAGGUGUUAAAUUUGAUCCAUCUGAUCAGGAGAUAAUCUGCCACUUGCUUGCGAAAGUUGGUGUAGGAAAUUCGAAACUUCAUCCUUUCAUUGAUGAAUUUAUCAGCACUCUUGAUGAGGAUUAUGGAAUCUGUUAUACUCAUCCUAGAAAUUUACCUGGUGUUAAGCAAGAUGGAAGUGCUUCCCACUUCUUCUACAGAGCAAUCAAGGCUUACAACACUGGCACCCGAAAGCGCCGUAAAAUACAAGACCAAGAUUUUGGUGAUGUCCGCUGGCACAAGACUGGAAGGACUAAACCAGUUUUCUUGAGUGGCGUUCAAAAAGGCUGUAAAAAGAUUAUGGUUCUGAAUGUGGGCAAUAUAAGAGGAGGAAAAACUGAGAAAACUAAUUGGGUUAUGCAUCAAUAUCACCUAGGAACAGAAGAGGAUGAAAAAGAUGGAGAGUAUGUUAUCUCAAAAGUGUUUUACCAGCAACAGCAGGUCAAACUGGGUGAUAAAGAUGACCAGGAUGUUCCUGAAACUGCUGAAGCAACAGUUGUGAAAGUGGAUCCAGUCACCCCCAAAUCUGUGACUCCUGAGCCUCCUUGUGGUGAAAGGCGGCAUGCAGAUCUAGACCUAGGACAAGAAACUGAUACCAUUGCUCAGCCUCUUCAGAUGGAUUGUUUAGAUGAAAUUCAACCUGAUUGCGAAGAGGUUGAGAAAACUGAUUCAUCCUUGGUAGAACCUCAACCUAAUGAAGGGAUGGAUAAUGAAGAAAAUAAUGCUGGCGAAGGCCAAAAGUGGUGGGACAGCGAGUCGCAGAAUCUCUUGGAUUCACAACAACUGGUUGAGGCACUCACCUUGUGUGAUGAUCUACUUCAUAGCCAAUCUCCGAAUAGAGAUGGGAAACAUGAAGAACAUAAGAACCAACCGGGAUUUUCUGUUUAUGCUCAGCUUGGACCAGAGCAUCUGAAGAAGGAUAUCGAAGAGUGUCAAAACCUUGUUCUUGAUCCUGCAAAUGUAGAGCAUGACACACCUUCAGAGUUUCGACUAAGUCAGCUGGAAUUCGGUUCGCAGGAUAGUUAUUUAUCCUGGGGUUACAGCAAGGCAAUGAACUAGUAUGGUUCUUCACCUUUGCUGGGAAACAGAAUUUUUGUAACUCAUUUUGUUGAUAACUUGGCUUGUUGUAAAAUUCUGUGGUAAACUUAACUGUUGUAAAAUUGUGUGGUAAACUUAACUGUUACUCUUGCUUUACUAACUGAGCAAAAUGGAAGGCACUGAACUUGAUAGUUUGUUACCUUGAUCAGCUCAUUCUGCAAUUAUACUUUGUUUUGGCUUGU